AUGCGUUCCACUGCCUACAUCAUCGCUCUCUUGGGCUCCUCUGUUGUCAACGGUGCUGCUGUGCCGUCUCUGGACCAGGCGCCUACCCUUACCACUGCCAGUCUUAGUGACCGCCAAGCCGAUGGCUCUCGCGCUGUCAUUGAGCGAACCAUUCAUAAGCGCGAGCCGGUCACCGUCCUCAUUCUGACGACGGCAGGCACCGCUGCCAUCACUGCCGUGGUUACAGAAGCUGUCAAGGCAGCCGCUGCUUUCAUAGGCGAUGUUAUCAGCUUCGACAAGGGGCGCGAGGCCUUCACGCAGCAGACAACUGAUUCUAUGAUGAACAACAACCCCGACCCGUCACGUUUCGUUGCCGCCGCGUGCUACAACAAGGGUUACGCGGUUGCCAACCCUGAGAACAUCGACGGCUUGAACAGUGUUGAGUUCAGCUCCGGCAUCCUCCACACGGACUAUGACUGCAUGUACCUUGUGGCACCUAACCAGUUCUACACUCACGGCGAUGGAGGUUUCAUCAACCUUUCAUACACCUACACAGACAGGUGUUCCUUUGACAAGGCCACUGGUGAUCUCACUUGUAACUAA